AACCCCACCAAGAGGGAGGAACAAAAAAAACAGAGACAAAGCGAGACGAGAGAGAAUCAAAUUGAUUUUGUCAUUCGUAAUUUCAUACUGAGUCAAGGAAAGUAGUAAGCUUUUCUUGGCCACAGCUUAAGCUCCCGCUCAAAUUCACUCCCCUAACUGGAAUUGCUCCUAUCCACGAUCUAGGAUCUGAUUUCGGAAAACGUUGAGUCGUUGAUACUUAACCAAUUCCCGAUCUCGUAAUUUUUGGACUUCUGCUCAGAAUCCAAAAGCUAGUUUUGUUCACCAUAUGGAUACAGAUGGGCAAAGAGGAUCUACAAAUCCAUCAGCUAUGAUGGCCUCGCUUCUUAGCAGGAGAGCCAAGCUUCAAGAUGAGCUUCGUGGUAUUGAAAGACAAGUGUACGAUAUGGAAACAAGUUACUUGCAGGAUCCCAGCCAAUGCGGGAAUGUACUUAAAGGAUAUGAAGGUUUCCUCUCAUCCUCCAAGAAUACUGCACUUUUGAAGCGGUCUCGGAAGUUUCAGCCAGAAGAUAGAAGGGAAGUUGGAGUUUGGAGGCGGGCGGUCAAAGGGUGGAGCCAUAUACGCAAACGGGCAGUAAGGCGUCCUUUUUUUCACUUUCUCGUCUCUAAAAAUCGUGGAACUGAGAAAGAGGUUCCCUUUGUUGAAAUGGACAGAGGAAAACCGAAGAAGGGAAGAGGCGGUCCAAGAGAAGCGAAGAGGCUUAAGCAUUCGAGUGAACUAGACUAUGACUACGAGGAUGACCCCGACGUCACCUUAUGA